AUGUCCGGUACGGGUGCCUUGAUGACUGUCCACGUUGGACAGUGCGGAAAUCAGCUUGCUCAAGCCUUCUGGAAAUCGAUGGUCGACGAACAUGGAAUCAAUGAACGUGGACAAACAACUCACGAAGACGAUAUGAAUGAUAAGAAAGAUCUAUUGUUCUACCAGGCUGAUGACGAUCAUUAUGUGCCAAGAGCAGUUCUAGUCGAUCUAGAACCUCGUGUAAUCAACGGAAUGAUGCAGUCUCCAAACUUUUCGAAUCUUUUCAAUACGGACAAUAUAUUCAUGUCCGAUCACGGAGGUGGUGCUGGAAAUAAUUGGGCAAGUGGAUAUUGUCAAGGACAAGAAGUUCAAGAGAAGAUAAUGGAUAUCAUCAUUCGAGAGGCUGAAAAUACGAACAAUUUGGAUGGAAUUCUAUUUACUCAUAGUGUUUCUGGAGGAACUGGAUCUGGAACGGGAUCUCUCUUGCUCGAAAGGCUUCGCGAAGCAUUUCCGAAGAAAGUUAUUCAAACUUACAGUGUUUUUGCAAAUAGUGACACCAGUACUGACGUUGUUGUUCAUCCAUAUAACUGGGUACUUUCUAUGCAAAGACUUAUUGAGAAUCCUGAUCAUGUUGUUGUCCUCGAUAAUGCUGCACUGCACCGUCUUGCGGCUGGAAAAUUCAAAACAGAUACACCAACAUUUGAUCAUAUCAAUUCUCUUGUCGCCCGAAUCAUGAGCACUUCCACUGCUCCAUAUCGAUUCAACUCUGCAAUGUGCCCAUCAAUUCGGUAUUUGGAUUUGGCUCCGUUUCCACCAAUGCACUUUAUUCAAUCCGCUAUCUCUCCUGUUGUCGAUCCAAAUGAGAACUUUACCCGAAAAACUUCAGUCGCUGACGUCACUCGCUUCUUGUUAAAACCAACUUCAAUGAUGGUUUCAACUGCUUCUCGGGUUCGGCCAAAUGACUGCAUGCUAUCAGCUUACAUGUUCCUUCAAGGACAAAUUGAGGCACAUACAAUUAUGACUGCUGAGCAAAACGUUGAUUUCGCAAUCAGAAGGCCUCCAUUCUACAUGCUUAAACCACUUCGAAUGAUGCAUGCUCCACUCUCUCCAUAUGUUCGGCCACAAUACAAAGUAUCUGGACUCUUGCUCAAUAACAGCACAAGCGUGGCUCCGUUAUUCGAAUCGCUUCUCUCCAAAUACGACAAACUACGAUCAAAGAGAGCCUUCAUCGACAAGUUUGAAAAGAUUGACAAUUUCUCGCUGGAUAUGAUGGACGAUGCAAUGCACAUUGUGCAAGACUUGCUGGACGAGUACAAGGCGGUCGUACAAAAGGACUAUCUGACAAGAGGGCUUUAGAUUUAUUAUUAUUUAUUCUCGCGGGAUUCUCAUUCACUUCUUAAAACGGAUCUCUGUCGAUUAUCAUAUGCUGUGUUUAUUGUAUUAUUUAUAUCAUGUGCUCCUCAUCAUCAUCAUAAUUUUCACAUAAAUAUUGGUACU